GGGAAGAAAGGAGUGACCAGACAUGCAAUACCUUCCCAAAUGGCCUUUCCCCUCUCCCCGCCGCCCCAUCGCAUCCUGCCAUCUAUUAGGCGAAGAGGGAGCAGAGUAGGGCCAGUGAAUAAUUGAACUGGGGAGGAGAAAGAAGGAGGAGGGGGAGGCAGAAUAAGAGGAGGAGGAAGAGAGAGGAGGGAGGAGAGCGUUGGAGGAGGAGGAGGAGCAGAGUGCAGGAGGAGGAAGAGGAGGAGGAAGAAGAGAGGAGCCAACCGAAAGAUCCACCUCUCAACCACCGCCGCCCCCCUCCCCCCCACGCGGCCGCCCGGAAGUCUCUCCCCGCCUCCUCCUCCGCCAACAUGGCCGCGAAGUCGGAUGGAGGCGCCGCCGCGGCCGGCCCGGGCCCGGAGGGGGCGGCCAGCGGGGCCCGGGCCGGCACGGGGCCUCCCGGGGCUCUGGGGGCCGGGGUUGGGGCUGGGGCGGGGCUGCUCUCGGUGGGGGGCCGGCGGCCCCGCUACAGCCUGUGGGACUGUUGCUGGGCGCUGUGCGCGCUGCUAGUCUUCUUCUCCGACGGGGCCACCGACCUGUGGCUGGCAGCUGACUAUUACCUCCAGGGCCGGCGCAUCUGGUUCGGCCUCACGCUGCUUUUCGCGUUGCUGCCCUCCCUCGUGGUGCAGCUGCUCAGCUUCCGAUGGUUCGUCUAUGACUACUCAUCUGCCGGAGCUGGGCCAGGUGCAGCCACGACCGCUUUCAGCACCAAGGACAGCACCAGCGCUAGCGUCAGCGCCAGCGCCGCCUUCAGCACGAAGGACAGCGGUCCCGGCCCGGGUCCCGCGGUGUCCGCCCCUCCUGCUCUAUCCGGCGCCCCGCGGCCCCAUCGCCGCUGCUGCCGCCUCUGCGUCUGGCUCCUGCAGUCGCUAGUUCACGUCCUGCAGCUCGGUCAGGUCUGGAGGUACCUCCGGGCCAUGUACCUGGGUCUGCAGAGCCGCUGGCAUGGGGAACAACUAAGGCGCCAUUUUUAUUGGCGCAUGAUGUUCGAGAGCGCCGACAUCAGUAUGCUGCGCCUGCUGGAGGCCUUCCUGAAGAGCGCCCCACAACUUGUGCUACAGCUCAGCAUCAUGGUCCUCCAGGGACAAAUGGAGGCCCUACAGGGUCUCUCAGCCUCAGCCUCACUGGUGUCGCUGGCCUGGAUAAUCGCUUCUUAUCAGAAGGUGCUUCGGGACUCGAGGGACGACAAGCGUGCCAUGUCCUACAAGGGGGCUAUAGUCCAGAUCCUCUGGCACCUCUUCACAAUAGCCGCUCGAGCCUUGGCCUUUGCGCUCUUCGCCAGCGUCUUCCGGCUAUACUUUGGCAUCUUCAUCGUUGCCCACUGGUGUGUCAUGACCUUCUGGGUCAUCCAGGGGGAGACAGACUUCUGCAUGUCCAAGUGGGAAGAGAUCAUCUACAACAUGGUAGUGGGCAUUAUCUACAUCUUUUGCUGGUUUAAUGUCAAGGAAGGACGCAGCCGCUGCCGGAUGGCCACCUACUACUGUAUCGUCCUGGUGGAGAACGUUGCCCUGACAGGCUUCUGGUACUACAACCACAACUUUCCCACUGACUUCAGCGCCUUAAUCAUGGUGUGUGUGGUGGCUGCUAGCUAUGCCCUGGGCAUCUUUUUCAUGCUUGUCUAUUACUGCCUCCUGCACCCCAAUGGGCCCAUGUUUGGUCCCCAGGCUCCUGGGGGCAUAUUUCCAGAGGCUGUGGGCCCUGGCCCUUCUGGUCCCCCUGCUGAUGCAGUUACCAGCCCUCCACGGUCUUUGCCCCGGACUACAGGUGGAGAGCGGGAUGGAAUCCCUGGAGACCGGGACAGUGGUGCACCAGCUGUGUUCCAGGUCCGUCCCAGCCUCCCUGCCACACCAGUGGCCCGCACCCCCCGGACAGAGGGGCCUGUGAUUCGAAUAGACCUGCCCCGAAAAAAGUAUCCAGCAUGGGAUGCCCACUUUAUAGACCGGCGGCUCCGUAAGACCAUUCUGGCACUUGAGUAUUCAUCCCCAGCUACCCCUCGCUUGCAAUACCGAAGCAUGGGGGCCUCCCGGGAGCUACUGGAGUAUGAGACCACAGUAUAAGCUGCUCCACAACCAUCAGGGUUGGGGGAUAAGGGGUAUGGUAGCUCCACUUCCCUAAACCAGUCAGUGUUGAGCUUAGAGUCUAAGAGUGGAUAGGGCUCUCGGGCCAAGGGUGGCAGGGAGGGGAACACGAUGAUCCCAGACAAUGGAAAUCCUCUUUCCCUUUCCUUUGAAAUUUUUUGGGUGAGUUCAUUGGCACCACCAAUGCCCUACCCCCUGCCCUGGCCCUUGUAGCUCCUAUACCCAGUCCAUCAAACUCCCUGGGAUCCAGGGACUUAACUGGUGCUAAAUUUCCCCACCAGGCCCAGAGUCCUCUCUGCCAUAUGACAUUUCCUGCCUACCACCAGUGCUACCACCUCUGAUGAACAAAGGCAGAGAUGCUGUGGGUUCCAUUAACUGAAUCAACUCUCUGUAUGGUAUUAUGGGUACCAUAAGGAUUGAGAAAUCGUGGUUGAGAUGAAAGAGGUGUGGAUUUGAAGUUAGAGAAUUUGGGUUCAAAUCCUGGCUCUGUUGAGUCAUUGGACAAAUCAAGUCCCCUCUCUGGGUCCUGGUUUUCUCUACUAUAAAAUAAGUGGGUCAGACUAGAAAAUCCUUAAAGUCCUUUCCAGGUUGUACAACCUUUGGGUGUUGAUGGAACCUGAGAUCUAGAUGAGGUAAACAUAUGGCAUCUUGAACUCCACAAUGCCAUAUGUAGGGUGUCUGGGCUGAGCUGAAUCCUGAGGUUGAUGGUACUGGCCAGGAUGAAGGUUCUACAUUUUGGAGUUGUUCAAAAGCCAAAUUCCAAUGGCCAGGCUCCUGGAUAUGGAGAGGUUAAGGCUUUGGGAUCAUAGGAUUUAGAGCCAAAAGAGACUGUAGAAAUCAUCUAGUCAACCCCCUCAUCUUUCAGCCAAGGAAAAUGAAGGAAAUAGUUGACCUGAAAAUUGAACAUAGUUCCUCUGGCACCAGCACCCAAUAAGUCCAGUUUCUGUUAUAACAGCCUUUCUAUGCCAGGGCAUAAGGGAGUUUCUAGAAUACUGUCUGGGGAAUGCUUUGGGUCUAUACUUUUUUCCCUAGUCUUUGCUCUGCAGGUUCUAAAUGCCUGUCUGUAGUAGAACUCUGAGGACAGUGUGUCUAUGGGACCUUCUUGGUAUUGCAAUGCUUCCUUCUAGGAUCUGCUGCUGAGAUCUAGACUCUGUCCUUAUUAGGAAGUUUGAGGAUAGGAACCCAUGUAUGAGGAGAAUCUGAGGAUUGUGGGCUUAUAGAAGCCUCGAGGUUCCUAACCACUUUGUGAUACAACUGUCAUCAAAAGGGAAAAAAAUGUGAUUUUGAAAUUAUUGGGAAUUUAAAAAACAAAUUAUUAAGGAUAUCAAUUCUGUCAAUUGUUUCCCAGUUGGGAAACUCAAGAUUUGGGGGAAUGAUAGGAAUUUCUGAUUUUUCAGCCAGCCUCACAGCUGUAACCCCUGCCCCAGGGUCCCUGGGAAAUGACUCCUUUGGCUUUGGGACAGACAGCCCAGUGUCCUGCAGAUGUCUCCCAAAGCUUUCAGAUAGGAGUCAUGCUUGGAGCAGCCUUGAGGGUAUUCUUUGGUAGGGAAAAAGAAACGCUCAGGCCCUGGGGGCAAGAUUGAUAUAUUCUCUUCUCCCAAAGAAACCCUAAACUUGGGAUGGUGUUUUCCAGCCCAACCUCUAAAAUGGGACUGAUGGGAGAGAUAAGGCCGGUUCAGAUGACUAAAAUAUGAACUGAGCAUGAUGGGAAUGGGAAUUGAGACUAAGGCCCUUCUGAAAGGCCAAGUUGUUGUCUCAGGGCCCCAAAUUGAUUUGGGGAUUGAAGAUGGAGUAGGGUUAGAAAUCAUUAGUCCAACCAUUUUAUUUUAUAGAUGAGGAAACGGAGGCCCUGGAAUGGGAAGUGAUUUUGUCGAAGUUACAGUGAGUUAGAGGAGGAAUAGAACCCAAAUUUACUGACACCCAGCCCCUCAUUCUUCCCCUAAACCGUGAACUCAGGAGGACACUGUCUCUACUAAAGUUGGAGGAAGGGCAUCACAAAAAAGGGCAAGAUUUAGAGUACAAAGUCGCUCCCAAAGUGUACACACGUGUACACUCAGAUAUCAUGCAUCUAGAUAGACAUCCACAAAUUACAUGACAUUUGAUGCAACCCCCACUGAGCACACAUAGCAUUUCUUCACAAAUAUCCCCUCACAAUGAAAUCAUGUAUACACCCUGCCAUGCCAACACAUAGAGCUGUUUCUCCAUCUCUCCCACCUUCCACAUCCACCCUGGGAGAGUCUCAGGUGGUCUAAACAGCACAGAGUUGAAUGAGGGGGCUAAGACCAGGUUGGGGGUAGAACUUGAGCCUGCCCAGACCUGCCCCAAAGAUAGGUAUGUCCAAUUCUCAGCCGAGAAUGGCUUUCGGGUUCCCCUAGCCUGGAUCUCUGUUUUAUAGAGGAGGAAAUUUAAGAUGUAAGAUUGAAAAUGAGUUUCGUCCAAGGCCUCAUAACUGGUGAGCAUCAGAGCCAGGGUUGGAAUAGAUGCCUCCAUUCUUCUAAGGAUCUGUGCCAGAGAUGUAGGCAUGAGCCUAAAAGAUUAUCAGGGUCUAGGAUUCUCCAGGGGUCUUAGCAAGAAAAAUAGGGGUGAAACCUCUUCCUUCUCAUUUCCCAGAGAGCUCAGCCCCAAGGAUGCUAACUCCAGUGAAGGUCUCUUUCCACCACCAGAUAAAGAAAAUAAUCUAAGAAUCCAAAGGUCUGAGGAUAUCUCUAAGAAAAAAAAAGAGGUGUUUGAGUCUCUGAAGCAGCUAAGCUGUGAGGGUCCAGGAUUCUCUCUGCUUAAAUUGGAAAUGCUUCUAGUUUGGAAGUCAGCUUCCUAGGCUCAAUGAAUUCAGAGCUUGAAGGGACCUUGGAAUUCAUGUAGUCUUAACCUCUUAUUUUACAUAGAGAGAAAUUGAGGGGGCAGCUAGGCAGCUCAGUGGGUAAAGAAUCAGGCCUGGAGCCUGGAAGACCUGGGUUCAAAUUUGACCUCAGAAACGUCCUAGCUGUGUGACCCUGGGCAAGUCACUUAACCUCCAUUGCCUAACCCUUACCACUCUUUUGCCUUGGAACCAAUAAAUAGUACUGAUUCUAAGACAGAAGGUAAGGGUUAAAAAAAAAAAAGGGAACUUGAGGCCCAAGGGGAUAAAGUAAUUUAUCUAAGAUUAAACAGCUAGUAAGCAGCAGAGCCUCAAUUCAGACCAGGUCUCCAGGAUUUGGGACUGGAAGGGACCUCAGAGAUCAUUUGAUCCAAGUUCUCAUUUUAAUGCUGAAGAAACUGAGGCUGAGACUCAGAGUCAAAGAGUUGGUGAAUGGUGAAGUCAAGACUGAAACCCAGAUCUCCUGACUCACAAUCUGGGGCACUUUAUUUGACUGUUUCCAAGGUUGGGCAUUAGCCCAAUUCUGGGGGUAGAAAUAGAAACUUGGGUCUAGGAGGUGGCAGGGCUUAGCUUUCAGCUGUUUGAGCUCUUGACCAGGGAUGCCUGAGAUGUUCAGACCAGGGUCUGACUCUGGCUCUGGCUCUGACUACUCUCCCCCAGGGAUAUCUAUGGUGUCCUUUUGUCUUCCUUCCUGUGACAUGAUCUACCUCAGCUGCUCUUUCUGUUCCCUGCUUGGCUAUUGGAUGUCUUUGUCUCUCCCUCCCACAUUCUUCCUUCCUGGGACCUUCCUAGGGCUCUCUUCAUUCCCCGAGGUGAAUGUGAGUCAUAGAAUCACACAAUACUAUAGCUAGAAGAGACCUUAGAGACCUUUCUCUUUACAGAUCAGGAAACCGGCUCAGAGAGGGAAGUGAUUUGCCCAGAGUCACACAGUUAACUUAGCAGCAGAGUCCUGGUUCCUAACCCUGAUCCCCGAUUCACAGAAAAAGCCAGAAGGGAACCAGGAGAUCAUUUAGUCCAACCCUCUCAUUUUACACUUGAAGAAAUGAAAGCCUAUCAAGAUAGCAGAGUCAAGAUCAGAAACCUUUCCACUACCGUUUAGUCAGAUCACCAAGAAGCUUUGCUGAUAGAGUUGGGAGAGGAGGUUUUACCAACACCGACACCUCACCUCCACCCCCUUCCUUCAUGAUGCUUCUUUCUAUGUGGUCCCUCAGCACUGGAGGAGGCAUCAGGUUCCUACCCUCUAGGAUUCUGGUAGAGGACAUAAAGUGUUUUACAAACCAUAAAGGCCCUAACUCUCAUGAUUAUUUAUUAGAUAUCAUGUUAUGCUACCGACUCAUUAUGUUGCCCUCUCUGAGCCUCAGUUCCCCCUGUAAAACGAAGGAAUUGAAUAAGAUCAUCUUGAAGGUCCCAUCUAGCUCUGUGAUUCUGUGAGAAGGUCAUGUUGAGCCCAAGGGUCCUCUGAAUUCCCUACUUUUGCUACCAGGUCAUUACCAGUGGGCACACAAAGUGCCUGGUCCCAUGUGAGUGAAUUCCAUGUUGUACCCCCUGACACUGCCUACCCUUUCGGGUCAGCUGUUCUAGUGGCCCCCAGGACAUACAAUCUCUCUCUCUCUCUCUCUCUCUCUCUCUCUCUCUCUCUCUCUCUCUCUCUCUCUCUCUCUCACACACACACACACACACACACACACACACUUACACACACACACACACACACACACACACACCAUUAUCACCGCCACCAUAUGCACUAGCCACGGUGCCCCAUUAGGUUCCCAGGCUGAUCCUCACCAACCACAUCCAUUAGACACCCAAUGCACUGACUGUACCAUGUGCCUUGUUACCAUAUCCUCCUCCCUUCCCUCCCAGUACAGCACAGAACCCGCUCCCAUCAAAUGGCCCCAGGGUGAUCCUGAUUCCCGAUACCCUGGGUAUCAAUCCACUGCCUCCUGGGUACAGACAGCCCCCACCACACAUGCACCCCUACCCCAUUCUUUUGUCCUUACUCUCCACCCCCAAAGGUUAUACAUUUCAUUACCUCUUUCAUACCCACAUCCUGCUGCCAGAUACACUGAUGGCCUGGCUAGCUAGGCUGCCUUUCUAGGGGUCAGUGGAGGCCUUUUUCUAUUGUUCACUGCUUUGUGGCUGGUGCCAGGUCAGCUAGAAGAGCCAGAUCCAAGCAGGAAGCUUGGGGCAGACCCAGGGGAGGGAAUGGGGUUGGGAGGGUCCUAUUGGAGUAGGCAAGUCUAUUCCUAGACUGGAGCAGGAAGCCUCUCUAAGGGACAAGGGGUCUGUUCAAGGGAGAAGAGGGAAGGGGAUGUAGAGAACAGAGUAGAUGAUCUGGGAACCUCUCCUCUUCCCAUACUGUGGACAUUUCUUGAGUGCCCUUGUCUUUCUGGCCCUCUGAAUUCUUCAUAUUCUCAAAAUCUUGAGAAUUAGAAUUCUCAGAGAUCCACUCAGACCCCUCUUCCCUUCUCUAUCCUUACCCCUGGGGCUCUGAAGAAACUUGGACCUCUCUAUGCUCACUUGGGAAGCUAAGGAUCUAGUGACAGUUCUUUGGGACUGAGGAAAAGGUUCCCUAAGUAUAGAUAUGCAGGAUAAGUUUGCUGCUAUCACUCUUCCUGGUCCUUCCCCUUCUAAACAGGACUAAGAGGGGCUGAAAAACUCAGUUCCUACUUCCCUUGGAUGGCAUCUCCAUCAGAUGCCUAGAGAGAAGUUUCCAGCAGCCAGGAAGGGAGGUAGGGCUGCCUCCCUGAGAUCUCAGAACUGGGGAGGACUUGAAUCUGCUACUUGUCUUCUCCCAAACAAAUGAGACUUAGAUACAAAAUAUGAAGGGAUUUAGCACCUGGAAUUUAAUUCCUGGCUCUAGAGCCUAGCUGGAGCCAGAAACCAUUCCUGAUUUGACUAUAUAGCACCAGGCCAGGUCUAGACCUCUAGAGCUAUGCCUGUUCUGGAUUGGCCUAAAUACUAGUUCUUAACCUUGGGGGCCAGGGGAAGUGGGGGUGGUACAGAAAUCACCAGAACCUAAAGGAUUGUAGUUGGGAAUGAUCUUGAUUCUGGGUAAUUGGGUUCAUUGGGUUCUGCUUCUGUUUCUCCUUUCUGUUAGGGUGCUGGGUUUGAUGGGACUUAGCAACCUUCCUUCUGGACUCCUACCCCCCUGCCCUGCCAAUAAGAGAAUCCUAACUUCAUCUCCAGUAUGGUGAUUUGUGGGCCCCAGGAGCUGUUCUCCACUCAGAGACCCCUGACAGCCCCUAUCCUUCCCUCUGUUCCCCAACACAUACCACCAAAGCCCCCUGGCUCUUCAGGGACAACCACUAUUAAAGGGCUAGGAUCACACUCAGUGCCCAGUGAGGCCAGGUGCCAGGACACUAUCUCUGCCCAGGGACUGCCACACUAAAUCCAUACCACCCACCAGGGCUCUGGGGCCAUUUAGUAAGGGAGGGGCCUAAGUGAGAUUUCCCCACUGCCUCAGGGAACCCUGAGAAAGAGUAUGUAGGAGUAUGCAGAAAAACGGUUCAACAGACUCAGCAUCUUCUUUUGCCCUUUCUAAGCUUCUUUCCCUCUCCCUUGAGGAUGACAGACAGCACCAACCUGUUGCUAAAGUGCUUUAAGAUGCAUUGUAAGAAUGGGCCCAGAUAAUGCCAAGCCAUGUUGGUAGCAUCCCAGAAUAUACCAGGUUUGGGGAGUUAGUAUGGAAAAGUUCCUUGGUCUGCAGACUUUGGUUUGGGAUGAGCACUGUUCCCUUCCUAGUGCAGGUGCUCGGCCCUUGGGAUGGGUUCUGAUGGGGGUGGGGGUGGGUAUGGGUAUGGGUAUGGGUGUGGGUAGGAAGGAAAGGCUUAGAAGAUGCCAUGGUGUGUGUGUGUGUGUGUGUGUGUGUGUGUGUGUGUGUGUGUGUGUGAGAGAGAGAGAGAGAGAGAGAGAGAGAGAGAGUAUUGAUUACCUAGUUCUGCUAAGAGGGGUUACCUUAGAAAAGAAGAAGCUGGGAAAAGAGGUAGAUUGGAAGAACCUAAUCUCCCAAACCUAGAGCUCUCCCCUGGGAACAGGCUUGCCAGGAGAUGGUGUGGAAUAAGGAGCCUAAGACCUAGGCCUUCCUGGGUCCUUUUUGACAAUGUCAUGGCACCUCAGCUCCCUCUCCCCAGGAAGGUCCUGAAUAGAUGGAUACUUCCUUACCUGAGGAGGUAACCUUGAGGAGGCACAUUUCUAUGCAUUACCACAGGGGCUGGAGGCAUCUGCAAUAAUGGGGAGCAGGCACAGCUGUAUUGCAGGCUGGGUCCUUGGCUCUACAUACUCUCUGAGAGUCUAAGACCAAGUGUAGGAGAGGGCAUCCAAACCUGAGAGAGUCCCUGCUUACCCAGGCUGUAUUCCCAAUCAGCCACAAGCUGCCUCGAGUUCCCAUAGGGCUGAAGCUCCCAGAUGAGUUCAGUGCUUUGAAGCCUCCUCAAACCCAUGAGCUUGUCCAAUCCCACAUUGAAUUGAAUUCAACAAGCAUUCUUUAAGCUCCUACCCUUUGAAGAGUUCAUGGGGCUUGGCACUGGGGGCCAUAUAAAGAUCUGAUGCCAGAUGCAGCCCCCAUUUUAGAUGUGAUUCCAAAUUCAGACGUGGUUCAAGUUUGAACUCUUCCCUCUCCCUCCUCCUUCCUCCCCAACCCCUACUCCUUGCCUGGCUACUGACUGACGGAAAUCCCCAACUAUGGACUCCUUCCUUCAGCUUAAGCUCCAGCAGCUUCUGCUCAGUGGGUUCUCCGUCGGCUCAUUUGCCCUACUGGGUACUGGCCUUGCCAACCCUCACUCUUCCUCUUUCCCCUUUCUGAUUCCGUUGCACCUCUCCUCUGCCCUCAUCCCUUAUGUCUCCUUCCAUGUACUUCAAUAUUGUUGGUGCCACCCUCUUCUUCCUCUGCCUUCCUCUCGGGCCCAGGCAGGGGGAGGCUGGGGGAUUCCCAGGCCGGGCUUUCUGUACUGAGACUUUUUUGUAUGCCACAAACUUUUUGUAUAUUUUUAAUUUUGCUGCAACAUGAGAUAUUAAAGUCAUUUCAGUACAAA